AUGUAUACCCUAGGCUUUCUUAGUCGCGUAUCUGCGCUCUUGGGGACGGCAUUUGGCGAUUUUGACCUCACAACAUCAGACAGUACUUACACGAUCGACACCAACGGUGGACUAGUAUUCGAGGUUAACCGCACAAAUGGCGACAUUACCAGUCUGCUCUACGACGGUGUUCAGUUUCAAGGCACAGGCAAGAUGUCACAGAUCAACUCCGGUCUAGGAACCUCAACGGUCACAGCCGACACAUUGAACGGUCACGUCAAGAUCACCGUCAAAGCCAGCUCACAACCCUUGACACAUUAUUAUGUAGCAAAGCCAGGCGACCCAACCAUCUACAUGGCGACUCAUAUCACAGAAUUUGAAGGCAAGGAUACGUUCAAGUAUCUAGAUGACACCACAAGAUGCAAGAUGUACACAUCUGACCGUUUCAUUGAUGACCAGGUUCACGGCAUGAAAGGCGAUAACGUCGGGGUGUGGAUGAUCAUGCCUGGCAAUGCCUACAAGCACUCUGCUGGCGGCCCUUUAAUGAAAGACAUCAAUUCGCAAAGCACCGACGAUCAAGAGCUCUACCGGUAUAUGAACAGCGGCCAUGUGAGGACCGAGCCUUGGCGAUUCGGGCUUCUUUGGCCUCGCGCGCCUCACGCAAUGCGCUUUACAAGCAGCACUCGGCCGCCGUCAGCGGACGUUGACAUGAGCUUCUUCGACUCGUUGAACAUAGAUGGCUACGUCCCUGAUAAUGGGCGUGGAAGUGUCUCAGGCACGGCAACAGGAAUGAAAGGCAGUGCCGAAGCUGUGGUACACUGGUUCAACCAGGACGCGCAGUACUGGACAAAGGCCUCCAGGGGAAAGUUUACCUCUCCACUGAUGAAGCCCGGGACAUAUACGACGAGGCUAUACCGGAACAAGUUUCCUGUCGCCAAUACCAGUGUGACGAUCACGGCGGGCGGAAAAGCCACACAGGAUAUCGAGGCAACCGAUUCCGAGCCGUCAGUCAUUUGGCGUAUCGGCGAGUUUGAUGGGCAACCCUCUGAGUUGAAGAAUGGCGACAAAAUUCAAAGGCUGCACCCCUCGGAUUCUCGCAUGGCAAGUUGGGGAGGCGAGUUCACUGUCGGCUCAUCCCAAACCAAAGACUUCCCCAUGGCCUUGUUCUCCAAGAUCGGAGGUAAUGCCACCGUCAACUUCGACCUGGCCCCCGACCAACUGGGUGGGGUCGUUCUGCGCAUCGGAACGACGCUUUCGUUGAAAGGCGGCAGGCCUAGUGUCAAGAUUAACGAGUGGGAAGAAGCGGAUCCAGGGGCCCCGAUAAGUUAUCAUCAUCAAGGCAAUCCCACACUCAUCGACUCUCGCGGCAUAACCGGUGGUGCCUAUCGCGGGUUCGGCGACGUGUAUAGUUGGGAAGUACCUGCGAGUGAGCUCAAGACGGGACAGAACACACUUGUGAUUGGGGUGAUUGGGAAAGGAGAUGCUGAUUUUCUGAGCGCCAACUACAUCAUCGAUGCUGUUGAGUUGCAGGGUAAAGGAGGGCCCAAGAACGACACCUCGUCAUAUACUUCUAGAUACCAGCGGCGUUUCCAAUAA